CCCGCUGUGCAGGUUGCCAGCAGUUGGACAUUUCUCAAUCAAGUGCAAUCCAUUCUGCAAUUUGCAAACCGUCCGUGCAAACAAAACCGUGCACAGUCGUGAAACCGUUUUCGUUGCUUGAUCUCGAUCUUGAUUGAUUGUUGUCGUUGUUUGUUUUGUGGGUUGUAGUUUGCUGUUGAGGUGAGCUGUUCAUUCCACCCGCACCACCUGCCACACGGGACGCACACAGACGCACACAGACCACACAGUACACACAAUACACACAAUACACACAGUACACACAGUACACACACGCAACAAGGAGCCAGCAUGAAGUUUGAGGUUGUUGCUUCCCUGGAUCACGAGUUGCCAUGCUUCACAACAGCGAUUCGGAAAGACGAGAAGGAGAUUUCCGUGGGUCGCAAGGAUGGCACUGUCGCGGUGUACAAGUUGGAGGAUGCCACGCUCUCCCUCUCAAACAUCCUCGAGGCACCCUCAACGGGGUUGCCCAUGCCAGUCAUGGACAUCAAAUACCUUCCGCCGUCGGCUGACAAUGCCCUCGGCAACAUCGCCAUCUGCGCCGACGCAUCUGGGUUUAUCCGGGCAUGGCACACAUCCUCCGCGCAGAUUUUGCACUCCGUUCAAAGCAGGUCCAAGGAGCCCGCAUUCACGUGCAUGGAUGUCAGCGAGACACAGAUCGUUGCGUCCGGCUAUGAUCACCUCCUUCACGUUUACGAUCUCGAAACCUUCAAGCCGCAGCAAACCCUUGGCAUGACGACGGCCGAGCUUGGUGCCAUGAGCGAGGAAGGCAUCAUCUCCCACACCAACCGCGUGUUCUCCUGCUUGUUCCACCCAACAGAGCGCAACAUUGUGCUGUCUGGCGGCUGGGACCGCACCGUCAUGGUGUGGGACACGCGGCAGCAGAACCCCGUGAGCCAUCUUUCGGGGCCAUACAUCGCCGGCGACGCCAUGUCGUUUGAUGCCUCUGGCGAUAAGCUGUACACGGCCAGCUACGAUCCGCACACAGGUCUUGAGUGCUGGGACUUUCGCAACCUCACCUCGGCCUGGCGAAGCUCUGGCGACCAGGAGACACACCUCUACAGCUGCAAAGCGAGCAACCACGGUUACGUCGUGUGCUGUGGCAGCCAGCCCAACCAGACACUUGUCGUCGAGGAAACAAAUGGAAAGGUGAUUGGGCGGGCGCCGUUUGAACAUGCCCUGUUUGACAUCAAGUUGUUACGUGACGAUUCACAUUUCAUUGUCACGGGCGAUCAAACGCUGUCCUUGGUGUCCCUGUCUACCACCGCCGCCACCACCUCCUCCGCCCAGUAAACGUUUGCUUCCGUUG